GCUUCUCUUCCUCUCGUCACGUCAGAAUUAGAAGGGAACAGCAGCAACUGAAGGUUUUCCAAACCAGACUCAAUUGGCCCCAAAAAUUCUCGAAACGGACGUGAGAUCCACCGGAUUUGCAACCCGCUCCCGGGUUUCGCUCCGGGGUUAGGGUUUGGCCUUCAUUCCCGCGGAGCGGGUCUGGUCGGCGGAGAUGGCAGGUAAGGGAGCCAAGGCGACGGCCGCGAAGGGGGCGGAUAAGGAAAAGGGGAAGAAGGUCCCCGCCUCCCGUUCCUGCCGCGGCGGUCCUCAGGAGAAGCUGGCUCCAAAGAAAGACGUUUUUCAAUUGUUUGCUGAGAAGGUUAGGGAUAAUAAGCAACUGGAAUCAAGAUGGGCAAUCAUGCAAGAAACUCGUGUUGAGUAUUUUCGUGGAAAAGAUUUCACUACCUUCAUCAAGAAUCAUCCAGAAGUUACGGAAAUUUUAGGGCUAGAUAAUGAUGUUGAAGCGGAAGACAUUGUUAACAUUUUGCUGAGCAAGAACCUUGUAAUAAGGUGUGACAGAGUUUGGAAGACGGUGAGGCCAGGAAAGAAAAAAUUAUCAUCAUGGCCUGCACACUUGGAGAUACAUCCUGAUCAAGAAUUCACUGAAAAUGAUGGUUUUUAUGCUUGGAUGUUUCUCAAAAGACGGACCUUGUGGCAAACAAUUCUUUCAUUUGUUUGGCCUCUCUUUGCAUUGGCAGUCUGCUUAUUUCCAGUUUAUCCAUACCAAUGCAAGAUUGUGGUACUGUACUCAUGUGCUGGAGCUUUACUGUUCAUCGUAUCACUGCUUUUAUUAAGGGCUGCUAUCUUCGGUGUUCUAUGGGUUCUUCUUGGGAAACGCGUGUGGUUCUUCCCCAACAUAAAUGCAGAAGAGACCACAUUUAGAGAACUCAUUCGUUUUUGGCCUGAGAAGGAUGAGGGAGAGCGACCAAAGUGGACGUCAAGACUUUUCUAUGCUACUGUUGCUGUAUUGGUGAUAUUGCUGCUUAGACACCAUGCUCCAGAUGAAGCAGCUAGAGCGAGGUACCAAAAGAAGGUUUCUAAUAUAAUUGAUGAUGUUCUUGAGUGGUCUCCAAAGCUAGCUUUGUCUGGGAUGAUGGACAAACACAACGAGGAUAAUGCGACAGAAACUAGCAAUUAUACCAGCUAUGCCCCUCCCACUACCGAAGGGAAAACUAUGGAUGCAAGCGCAGAUGUGGAUGCAUAUGAAACCCAAGAUAGUUAUGAAAGCCAAGAUAGUGAUGAGCAUGCUGAUGACAUGAGUAAAAUCUAGCGAUGCUUAAAAUGGAAUCCAUCUUUUAAAUUUCAUAAGUUAUAGCACAUUUUGGAGGACUCUUCGGUGGUGUUUUAUCUGCAGAAUUAUACAGAUAUAGAUUACUGACAGAUUGAGGGUGCUCAUGUUUUGACCAUGUUUCAUUCAUAUAUAUUGCCAUCGACCGGCUGUACUCUUUAGGUUGACAAUUUCUAAAGCAUAUUUUCUCGUAGCAA